AGAAGUGCACACUUUACCCCUAACCGGUAUUGUCUCUCUACGAGUGUGUGCCCGAGUUCCAGCAGCCAGAGCCUUGUCUCUUGUGACCCGGGUGAAAAUCAGUGCAUAUGCGCCAGAGGGUUUGAAUUAAUCAACAGCACCUGCCUAGAUAUCGACGAAUGCAUCUCUCCUUCUCUGAACAACUGUCCUGAACACUCCACGUGUAACAACCUGAAUGGUUCUUUCAAGUGCUUGUGUAAAAACGGGACUUUUGGGAAUGGUUAUCAUUGUGAACAGUGCCAAACUAAUUGUCCAGACGACCAUUACGAGAGUGAGCAGUGCAGUUAUGAGCAAGAUUUGCAGUGCAAAGAGUGCAGAAAAUGUGAAGAAGACGAAUACGAAGUUAAUCAGUGCAGUGGGAAAAUUAACAGAUUUUGCAUACGUUAAUCCCUCUCGUCCGCUUUCAAGGGUUACACCUGAAAAGAAUAAACACUACCAGCAAGUCGAAGAUCCCAGUGAAUACAAACUGGUGUACCAGACCAGCAACAUGUUCGUGGAAAAUCUCCACGUAUCGAAACAACUACGUUUUGACUUUCGUCUCAAAAAGAAUGGACUACAAAACAUCACCUUGACCGGUUCUCGAGGAACUGGCGUCAAUGUCACGCUUACUUUACUAACGGCAAACCUGUUUCCAGAGUUUACCGGAACUCAUCCCGGCCAGUCCGAUAACGCUUAUUUCCGCACAAAUCUCUCGGGUCAUGAUCUUGAUUCGUUCAAUGAGAUUGUGGAAAAUUAUUGCAGGCAACCGAUGCCGGAUGGAUACACAGUUGCUUUAAGCUGGCUUAGGAAUAGAACGACUGCAAUAAGAAAAAUAUAUUGCGACUCAAAAAACCAUGAUCUCAAAAGAUGUCCACCAACCUACGUGGACGGAGAUGCCUACUCGUACAGGACCUUGGAUGAGCCUUGUUACAAACAGCCAGACGCCGUCACUGGGCUGGCCAUUGAACCCCGGACUGCCUACUGCGUGGACAACAACCCGCUUCUCACUGAGGUAUUUGGUCAAGAGAUUAAUGAAGAAGCCGAGCUAUCGUUUCCAAACGAAAAAUGCAUGAGAAACUUCAAGUUAUGCCAACAGUGCAUAGAUAAUAAAGACACGACAAGCUGCCCAGCCGAUUAUUCAAAUUUACUUCAUCGGGUAGACAGGAACACAUGCUGUAAACUAGAAUGCUAUAACCAAGACAGCUGCAAGAAUGCCUACCUACCCGAGUGCGUAAAAGUACCAAAAGAGUGUGCCACAGGUGACGUUGCAGAAUUUGUUCUGACCCCCUACCUAAUGGAUAUCAAAAAACAGUUCAGCUGUUCUCUCAGUUAUAAACCACCUGGCGAGCUGUACAGUUUCACAUAUAAAGUUUCCUUCGACGGAGCUACUCUUGACUUGAACGAAAAUUUCGACCGAAGAGUUCUUGGAACCGAGGAUUACAGCGGAAGAGACACAGUCAAAAACGAUUUUCUUUCAAUAAGUCACGAUUCGUUCAUUGACAUUUCUGGACGAAACAUUAUAUUACGGGGAUUGCGCAAAUCAAAUAGGGAAAAGUUUACACUAAGUGCGCAUGCGCCCAGAAAAUUGGAGAGAGCUAAGAUUAGGAUUAGAAACCCUUCGCACGCAAGCGGACAGUACGUAACCAACGUGCAGGUGGAAACCCCAUUUGCAAUAAACACGGCCAAUUGGCAUGAAAUCAUGAGUCACCAUGACAAGGGAUGCCAUUUAGACAUAACCAAGUUAUAUCCCGAGCAAGCUUUACACUCUCCUCUCGGAACACCGGUCUCUUUCCGUGACGCAGUCCCGUUAUUGGAGUCUUACGUCCUUAAGGGAGACAGUGAUCCACUUUUAAAAUUUGACGUAUCUGGAAACGAAAGUGUGUGGAGGUCAUUCUUCAGUAAUUCAAGUGCACGCAUUCAAAAUGAUGAUUCUCUUGAAGCAGAUUUGGUUUUCCGCAAAACAAAAAGGAUGUGGGAGAUCACAAUAGAAGGUGAGCUAUCAGGGUGCCCCGGGUAUGUUGGCUUUAUCAUAAUCGAUGGGAUAUCCGAGAAAGAGUUGAUAAAGUACGAUGCUAUUGUGAACUGUCCCAGGCAGUUCAGAGUGGUAUUUGGUCUGCCUACUGUCUCCGUUAACAAACAGCCAACUGACAGGCUUUUCUUUGUCAAUAUUCUCGAUGGCAUCAAUACAUUUCAAAUUGUCCUGGCACAUGUUGACUCUAAAAGGAGUAAGGAAAGGGAGGUAUCACACGCAGUAUUAUUGCUAAAAACGCCAGAAGAUCCUUGGAAAACGUUAACGCCUUUAAUAGCUACAGCCGCGUUUGCUGCAGUGACGCUUGUUGGCCUCGUUAUUUACGCCGAGGUGACAAAGCCGAAGGUUCCUCAGAGCAAAGGGACGAUUGCCAAAAGACCACGCUGGAGAACAGGGAAAGAUGCAGAGAGAGCCGAUAUGGAAUACGUUCACAGUAACGAACUUCAAGGUAGACAUCUGAUAUUCAUUGUUUGGGUAGCGAUAUUCCGUAUAGCAUAUAGCCUGGUGUUCAACUUCACUGUGGUUCUAGCCGUCUUGUCACUUAUACACCACCAUGAUAUCCAGACGCUUAACGGUCUAGUUGAGUUUGUUGAGCAGGAGGGUAAAGCCAUGGAUGGCGUUGCUCUGAGUAUGGACCGCCAUCGUGAGCAGGACAUAGCCCGCCAACAAUACCAGGCAACUGAUAUGCAAAGGGCAUGCAGCACGUAUAUGAAAGAACUGAUGAAGGAGAUGCGACAAAACAUGAGCAAUAUCAUUAGGUUCCAUCGCUUGCAGAUGUUCAAUUUAUCCACCAUAGUGAGUCAUCAAAUUGGGGAACUCGUCGAGAGGCGACUGGAAGAAUUGCAGGUUUUGCUUCAGCAAUUUAAUACCACGUACCACGACAAGGUAGUUGGAGAAAUCGGUCGCGUAUUCAGGAGGUUCAAAGGAUGGCUUCGUCAAGUACGAAACAAUGGCUGGCUGGCUAUCCCGCGAGGAUUAUACACUUUUAUCCAAGCAGUCAAAGUGUUAACUGGUGAACUCAGUUUUCCGCCAAUAGAUGUCGGGUUCAUCGAUUUUCUUGGCAUUGAUUCCGUCCCAGACAUAGAGUUCGUUCCUGUGAAUCUUCUCAAAAAAUUUGAUUUAGAAUUUCCAAUCACUGCAACAUCUUUCAUUCCUGAUUUCAACUUCCCAAACGUAACGUGGCCGGGUAUAGACGUGCCUGGUGUAGACUUCGAUGUCGAUAUUCCCACGUUAGACUUCGGUAUUCCUACAAUUUGCCCCGGUGUUGACGGAUCAGAGACCGAGGCAUCACUCCCCCGAGAAACGGACUCUCAGCGAACCUAUGUCACCUACACGGAGGUAGACAUCGUUGAUCACAGUGAUAACACGGCUGGUGGAACCUUGCAAACCGAAACAUUAAGCAGUUCGUCACUUGUCUCAUCAUUCGACAAUAAAACGGCAUUUAACAUAGAACGCGCAGACGAAGAACAGGAAACUUUCGAACGUAUUCGAGAGUCUAGUGAAGAAGUGCAGCAACUGAAGCAACUCUCCGGGUUACGUUUCAUCUACCAGGCUCUCAUGGCGUUUUUUGCCCUGUUAGAUGUACUUCUACUGAUAUUUCGAAGUACCAGAACGUACAUAUUUGUGGUCCAACUACUGAAAGGCUUUGAAGAAAGGGUUGUUGAGAGUGAAACACAGGCAAAAAUAGAAGAAAACAAAGCACUGGCACAAAAGAUUGAGAUUUUCCAAUCUAAGUCUGUCAAGACGAAAGAUAACAGUGUUACAGCCUCAGGUAGACAGCGGGUGACACAUGUUCUAUUUUUGAUAUUCCACUACAUCUCUUUGGCCUUUCUCACAUUUCUUCAAGGGAUGAAAAAGAUAAGCUACAUGGUUUUCCAAACAACGUUAAUUCCAAAGUUGAUCCUGGGCGCCGUGGCUGGUCUGUGCGUUUACCUCAUCAUCACGGCUGCCAACCAGCUUAUGACAGUGAACGUGCUGGAGGAGCUCCAGUUUUACGACCUUCUGACAGCUCGCCUGGAUCUUAAUCUAGAGUAUUCGAAUUGGGAGAUUUUCGAGAACGUCAACUUCAUCAAUAAUGUGUCAAUGAAGUCGUACACGGAACACAUGAGAAAUGAGCUCUCUGGAAUACACGAUAUUGUGGAGAGGUUUAAUAGAGAACAAGCAGAAAAAAUAAAAUCAUACCGAGAUGAACUUUGUGUAUACCGCACUGAAAUACAAGGUUUCUGUGACGUACAAUUUGACAUUAGGACAUUAAGAUUAGAUAUUUUGCCCUGCAACUUCCGCCAGGUGGAGCCUAAAACGUACCAAGAAUAUGACAAAGCAACCUACAGAAAUCAGUUGAAGUUUAAAACCGAACCUUUUGUGGCAGCUGUGAGAAACAUUAUUUUAAAUACAUUUUAUGUCCUGCUGGUAAUAGCAGCCGUCAUUAUAUGCAUUGCUAUCUUGGGGUAUUUGAUUCUUACAUUUAUGAAAACAAGAAAUAUGGUAAGAGUUAUAAAGAUAUACGAAACAACACAAAAACCAAUAGAUAUUCAAGAAGAAAAGCAAAGGAAGAACUGCAUCUCCAAUGAAAAACAAAAUAACAAAUCUUCGGAGGAGAUAUCGACGCAAAGUUCUACCAAAGACACAAAGACAGACGAGAGUGUCGUAUAGGGACAGAUAAAUGAACCUGUACAAUAACUUUCAUGACUUUCUUCCCAUAGCAAUCUUUCACGGGCUAGUACUACCUGAUCUUUUUAUGCAAUUAUUUUCAAUUUUGACUUUCUUUAAAAUUUUUAUCUGGAAAAAGAUUACUUCUCUUGUCUUAUAUAUCUAAAAAAAUUACACUUUUAAA